AUGACGCUCUUCGGCAGCGGGGACCCGGGCUGGAGAUAUUUGGAUAUGUCCAGGGAGUCCAAGCUGAGCCGGGCCAGGCUGGGCCAGAAGCGUCAGCACAGCAGCAGCCUGAACCACAGUAACUGUGACCUGGACUAUGAUCUCUACGGGGAUGACUUUCCAUACCGGGUAUAUGAGUACCAGAAGAUCCCCCCACUCAUUAACCGCAUCCCAGUCAAGACCAGGCGGACUCACUCGGGAGCAGGAAGCAAAAGCAGCCUGAGACCCCAGCCUGGGAUGAGGAGCAGCACCAGCUCAUCAACAGGACGGACAAAGUUGCAAGCUGAAGAGCUGCACUCCAUCAAGGGGGAGCUGAGCCAGAUCAAGGCACAGGUGGACAGUCUGCUGGAGAGCCUGGACCGCAUGGACCAGCGGAGAGAACGUCUCACAGGGUCCAAGGAAAGCGAGAAGAAGAGGGCAGAGCCAGGGACAGAAUCACCAUCCCCAGCUGGAGGGGGGUCACAGGAGUCACGGGGAAAGGAGGGGACGAGGGCUGAUGGGGACAGAGACCUGCGCAACACUGACAGUGCAGAGGAGAGCACAGACACAGAGGAGAUGGUGAAAACCCACAUUUCGGACCCCAAGGGGAGCCAGUAG